AUGGCUUCCGCAAAUAAUAAUCUAGUCUUCAGAGACGGUGGUAGCAAUAACAAGCCUCCACUAUUCUGUGGUGAAUACUUUGACUUCUGGAAAAUUCGGAUGAAGGCUCAUUUAGAAGCACAAGGAGAAGAAAUAUGGGAUGUUGUCCAAAAUGGUCCUUUUGUUCCUACAACGGUUGUUAACGUCGUUGGUUCAUCAAAGCCUAAAACUUCAUGGGAUGAUUAUGAUAAGAAGAAGGUCCUCUAUGAUAAAAAGGCAAUAAAUCUUCUUCAAAGUGCACUCAACAUGGAUGAAUUCUUUCGCAUUUUGGCAUGCAAAACGGCAAAACAAAUAUGGGAUACCUUGGUAGAAACUCAUGAAGGAACUGCCGAAGUUAAAAGAUCAAGAUUAAAUACCUUGAGUCAAGAAUACGAGUUGUUCAGAAUGCAGCCCGGAGAAUCCAUCCUUGACUUGCAGAAAAGAUUUGUGCACUUGACAAAUCAUCUAAAAGCUCUAGGUAAGACUUUAAGUAAUGAUGAAUUGAAUCUUAAAGUGCUUAGAUCUUUAACCAGGGAAUGGCAACCAAAAGUGACGGCAAUAUCAGAAAAGAAAAGUCUAUCCACAAUGACUUCCGCUACAUUGUUUGGAAAACUUCAAGAAUAUGAGACGGAACUUGGAAGACUUGAAAAACAUGAGAAUCAAGAUAAGAAGUCCAAAAGCAUCGCUCUGAAAGUUGACUCCAAAGAUGUUGAGAAAGAAGACAAUCCGGAGGAGAAUGAAAACUUCUUGUUACUUGUUAAAAGGCUAGGAAAAUUUUUCGGUAAGAAUGACAAACCUUCCUUUUAUGCGAAAAGAAAGAAACACUUCAAGAAAAGAGAAGCUUCCACUUCAAUGCAAGAGGUAACAUGUUAUGAAUGUGGUAAGCAAGGCCACAUAAAACCAGAUUCUCCUCAACUACCUAAGAAAAGUGGAUUCAAAAGCAAGAAGGAAAACAAGUACAAAAAGGCUUAUGUCGCAUGGGAAGAUAACGAAAUAAGCUCGUCAUCCGACUCGGAUAGUGAUGAAAGUGCAAACCUAGCAUUAAUGGCCUCACACCAUUCCGAUGAUGAAGUAAAUGAGGUUAGUAAUGAUUUUUCGCUUUUUGAUAAUGAUGUGCAAGGUGCCAUAGAUGAAUUAUUAAAUGAAUGCAAAAUUUUGUAUAAAACUAUAUCAUCUCAAAAGAAAGAAAUCUCAAUUUUGGAAGAGAAAAUUGAGAAAAUGGAAAAAGGUUUUGAAAUUGAAAAAGAAAAGAUGAUUAGUGAUCAAAAACAAAAUUUUGUAUGCAAUAAAUAUGAGUCACUUUCUUUUCAAAUUGUCCAACUAAAAAGAGUUCUUGAAAGAUACGAAAAAGGACAAAUUGGAUUGGAGGGUGUACUUAGCCAACAAAGAUAUUCAAAUGAUAAAAGUGGGCUUGGUUACUCAAAGUUUCCAAAACCAAGCUCAAACAAGACAAUCUUUGUUAAGGCAAGUGACCAACCAAUCCAAGAGAAAGUGAACAAACCUAAAAUAGUUAAUCAUUAUCCUAAAAAGAAAAACCUUGUUAAGAAGAAGUCUUAUCCUUCUAGGUAUAGAAAAUUUUGCGAUGAAAAUGGAAUCUCUCACAACUUGUCGGCACCAAGGACUCCUCAACAAAAUGGAGUGGCGGAGAGAAAGAAUAGGUCUCUCAUUGAGCUUGCAAGAACAAUUCUUAGCGACUCCAAUCUUCCAAAAUACUUUUGGGCGGAUGCGGUAAGCACGACAUGCUUUGUAAGUAAUCGAGUCAAUAUUAGACCUAUCUUGAAGAAAACUCCUCAUGAACUUUUCAAGGGAAGAAAAUCGAACAUAGCCUACUUUCAUAUCUUCGGAUGCAAAUGCUUUGUCCUCAAUAAUGACAAAGAUAAUCUCGGUAAGUUCGAUGAAAAAUCCGCCGAAGGUAUAUUUCUUGGUUAUUCUCUCUCUAGCAAAGCUUAUAGGAUUUAUAACAAAAGAACUUUAACUAUUGAGGAAUCUAUGCAUGUAUCAUUUGAUGAAACUAACCCCUCCAAGGAGGAUAUUAUUGUUGAUAAUGAUGAUGAUUUAGUAGAUAUUCCUCAAGAGAUAGAUUUCAUAUCCGGUAAUGAAAAUCAACCGGAACACCAUGAAGAACAAGAUCCACAAGACGCAAACAUCAAUGGUCUACCUAAAGAAUGGAGAACUCAUAGAGACCAUCCAAUCGACAAGAUUAUUGGUGACAUUAGUCAAUGA